AUGGGAGUGGAGGCCCUCGACGUCAGGAGCCGCGUCAGGGAGCUUCGCGAACUGGCUGCUUCCGAGGAAGACACCUCGCCCGAGAUGGCGGGCAUCGUCCGGUUCUUGGUGCAGACCGAGCUGCUGCUCAUGAUCUCCGCUUGCGAGGACGCUCCUUACAAGGCGGCAUUCGUGGUGGAUCUGGAGAAGCGCUCCGACACGGCGGAGGCGCUCACCGAGAAGCUCAUGCGAGCGAGCACGAGAGACGCCCGCGUCUGCAUCGCAUCUCCCGGAACUCUCCUCCUGUCCCUCAAGGCCCCCGGGGCCUCCAUGCUGAUGUGCUAUCACCUUGACGAAGCCGACCUGCCUGCAUGUCUUGGAGGCGCGGCGUCGAGAGAGGCGAUGCGCGCCAGCAUGCUGAGAUCGGAGGCAUGUCGAGUCCCCUCUGACGGUAGCGUCGAGAACGAGAGGGGUCGGCGGGACGCAGAGGGGUCGUGGCUUUUUCUCCGCCUACUCGUACCGUUGCGAGCGUCGAUGAGAGUGAACGCGCUGGCUUGCCUCGCGACCUUGGCGCUCCUCGCCGGGACCACCCAGGGAAGCCUCCUCGCCGCGUUGAACAGGGACCAGGUGCGCGCCGUUCCGGACGGCCUCGUCUCGAAGCUCGUCGGUGCCGGUGCAUUCCGGGGCCUAGCCGUGCACUCUACUGCCGACUGCCUAUUCCUGAGGCCGGAAUCGAACGUCAGCGUCUCGCUCGUGAUACCGAACGACUACAUAGAGCAGUUCUCGGAGCUGCCGUCCCCGGCCUUGUACGAGUGGGUCGAGAAGGAGGUGAAGACGCCCCUGGCUCGAGGGUUCCGAAUCGAUGCGGUCCAGCUGGGCGAGGCGCCGCUGUCGGAGGAGUACGGGGCGCGAUUUUACGAAUCCAUGCCGGCCGCCCUCAGGAACUUGGCGAGCCUGGUGAACCCCCUCGGGAUCAGCGUGACCGUAUCGGUCAGCUUGACGGACCUCUCGGUUUCUUAUCCGCCGUCUGCGGGAGCCUUCUCCCCGAGCGUCGCCCGGGUGCUCGCCGAGGCGCUGCCCUCCGCAGGAGCCCUCUCCUUGGAAGCGUACCCGUUCCUCCUCGCCCUGGAUGCCGACGAUCCCGCCACCUUCUCCUUUCUGGCGAUGGAACCGGAUGCGCAGGGGUUCUGGGACGACGGGGGAGGCCUGUGGUACCCCGAUGUCCUCUCUUCGCUCCACGACGCGGCCGUCUAUGCUCUGGAAGCGCUCGGAUUCGGCGACGAAACCGUGAUCCUCACCACGGGCUGGCCGACCGACGGCGUCGAGCGAGCCACUCCCGAGCUGGCGGGAAACUUUCUGGCAGGAGUGGCGCGCUGGGCCGGAGCCGAAGCCGGGACGCCCAAGCGGCCCGGGGCGGAGAACUCAGCCGUCUAUCGCCAGCUCGUGGACUCAGACGCCGCUGCUCUCACGGAGGACGCGCCGUGGGCGAGACGGUGGGGCAUCUACGACUCCAGGGCCCGCUCGAAACUGAACGGCAGUAUGGUGGGCACGUACGCCCUGGUGCGCGACGUCGAUUACGAAGCUACCGCCCGCAAGUUCUGUGUCGCGCGGAGCGAUGCCACGGACGCAACCCUGAUCGCCGCCCUGUCGUUCGCUUGCAACGCCACGGACUGCACGUCCAUACAACAGCACGCUUCCUGCUACUCGCCGCCCAACCUCAGGAGACACGCUUCCCUCGCCUUCAAUGGCUACUUUCAGGACGGAGAGCAAGACGCGUCCAAAUGUCGCUUCGGAGGCGUCGCCAGGACGGUCGACGACGACCCCGACCGGUCGAACCCCGAGUGCGGCCUCGAGACCGGCAUACGGCUGGUCGAGACCUCGGGUUCUGCGAGCCUGGUCGUCGACCUCGUCGGGGCGGCCAUUCUCAUGGGCAUCCUCUCCAAUCUCUGA